AUGGCUUCUACUUCUUCAGCUAUUAUUCCUCUAGAGAAGCAUGAUGUGUUCUUAAGUUUUAGAGGCACAGACACCCGUGAUAAUUUUGUCAGUUUCCUUCAUCUUGAAUUGGUGAGAAAUGGGAUUGAGACCUACGUCGAUAAUAGACUUCAAGGAGGAGAUGUGAUCGAGCCAGCCCUUUUGAGAAAGAUUGAAGAAUCGCUUAUUUCAGUAGUCAUUCUCUCCGCACAUUAUCCAGAUUCUACCUUUUGUUUGAGGGAACUCUCGAAAAUUCUUCACUGUAAGGAGACGAAAGGCCAAAUUGUCAUACCAGUUUUUUACAAAGUUUCUCCAGAUGAUGUCGGAAAUCUGUGUGGGAUAUUUAGGGACGCGCUUCUCAAGCAUGAAGAAAAAUACAGUUUGGAAGAAGUGUCCAUAUGGAGACAAGCAUUGGAAGAAAUAGCCAAACUGAAAGGCUGGGAUUCAAAUGUCACUAAGCCUGACACCAAACUAACUCAAGAAAUUGUUGAUGACGUCAAAAAGAAAUUAAAGCGGAUGCCUUUAUCUGGUUCACCCUCAAGCAAUUCAGGAAGGAAUGAUGUCCAACGAACACUACAUCUCGAAGAAAGAAAUGGAAUAGACCGUCUCGCUGAUAUGUGUCUCAUAAAAAUUGUCCGCAAUGAGAUAUGGAUGCAUGAUGUGGUGCAACAACUAGGUCGAGAAAUUGUCCUCAAAGAAGACAAUGAUCCUCGAAAACGUAGUAGGCUGUGGGAGGUUGAGGAUAUCCUCCAUAUAUUAAAACAUCAUCAGGGGACAGAAAAAGUGGAAGCAUUAUCCCUCGACUUGUUUCCAACUAAGAAAAUGAACUUAUAUCCUUUAAACAUGGAGGAUAACCUUAGAUUGCCCAAAUGGCCUGACAAAGGAAUAAACUUUGCUGAUGGCCAUCAAUGUCUGGAAACAAAAGACAUACAAGGUAUAAUACUUGACUUUGAAAAGAAGAAAUAUAGGAAAACUCCCAUUGAAAAGUUUAAGAUGUUUCUUCGACAAGGAGCAGAGGAUGGAGAGUUUAUACUUGACACUGAAGCUUUGAAAUCAAUGUGGAAAAAUUGUCCUUUGAGAAAUCUUCCUUCUGAUUAUGCUCCUCAUAAGCUAGCUGUGCUUGAUCUUUCGGAGAGUGGAAUUGAACGAGUUUGGGGUUGGACCAGUAAUAAGGUGGCUGAGAACUUGAUGGUUAUGAAUCUUCGCCAUUGCUAUAAUCUUGUGGCUUGUCCUGAUUUAUUUGGAUUGCUGCCCGAAUCUAUAUUCCGCCUUACAAAACUGGAGAAGCUUAGUUUGAAUGGUUGCCAAUUCAUAAAAAGGCUGCCAAAUGUCUUGGGACACCUGAUUUCUCUGAAGGAGCUCUCUCUCAAUCAAUCUGCAGUAGAAGAACUGCCUGAUUCUGUCGGAUCUUUGUCAAACCUUGAGAAACUGAGUUUGAUGCGGUGUCAAUCACUUACUGCGAUUCCUGAAACUGUUGGCAAUCUCCAGUUAUUGACUGAACUUGAGUUAGAUGGGUCACCAAUCUCAGAUCUUCCAGAGCAGAUUGGUGGUUUGAAAAUGAUUGAGAAGCUUUACAUGAGGAAAUGUACGUCUCUUAGAUCUUUGCCAGAAGCAAUUGGGAGCAUAUUGAAUCUUACAACCAUCAAUUUGUUUGGUUGUAAUAUUAUGGAGUUGCCUGAAUCCUUUGGGAGGUUGGAAAACCUUGUUUGGUUGAGAUUGGGUCUGUGCAAAAAGCUCCACAAGCUUCCAGUUUCUAUAGGAGAGUUGAAGUCUCUGUGCCACUUGUUAAUGGAGAAGACGGCUGUUACAGUACUGCCUGAAAGUUUUGGAAAGCUCUCCAGCUUAAUGAUAUUGACAAUGGGAAAAGAGCCACUUGAAUCUCUCAGCACACACGAGCAGUCAGUUGUCCUCCCAGCUUCCUUCUCAGAACUCUCCUUGCUACAAGAACUAGAUGCUCAUGCUUGGAGAAUAUCAGGUAAAAUUCUGGAUGAUUUUGAGAAACUGUCAUCCUUAGAGUUCUUGCAUCUUGGCUACAACAAUUUUAGCAGCCUUCCAUCUAGUUUACGUGGCCUAUCUCUUUUAAAGAAGCUUUACUUACCCCACUGCGAACAACUUGAGUCUCUUCCUCCGCUUCCCUCAAGUUUAGAAGAAGUGGAUGUUUCCAACUGCUUUGCUUUGGAAACGAUAUCAGAUGUUUCAAACUUGGGAAGCUUAACGUUGCUGAACAUCACAAAUUGCGAUAAAGUGGUGGAUAUUCCAGGCAUUGAAUGCUUGAAAUCCCUGAAAUGGCUAUAUAUGAGCAAUUGCAAGGCAUGCUCCUUGAAAGUGAAGAGAAGACUAUCCAAGGUUUGCUUGAGGAACAUACGCAACCUAAGUAUCCCUGGUACCAAAAUCCCAGAUUGGUUUUCUCAAGAAGAUGUAAUUUAUUUAGACAAAAGAAACCGUGAAAUCAAAGCUGUGAUUAUAGGUGUAGUCGUCUCCCUCAGCCGUCUGAUACGGGAGGACUUGAGAUAUUCCCCAGUUUUACCAGACAUCCUGGUCAAUGUACUUGAUCAAAAUAGACCUAUUUUCAGCACCACGUUGUACUUAAAGGGAAUACCGAAUUGUCAUGCAGAUCAAAUCCACUUAUGUCGAUAUUCGCAUUUCGAUCCUUUUGUUUUAAUGUUGAAAGAUGGCUUUAAGAUAGAGGUAAGAAAACGAAAUCCACCUAUGAUUGAAGGGGUUGAGCUGAAGAAGUAUGGAAUCCAUCUGGUUUAUGAAGAUGACGACGAUUAUGGUGGAAAUGAAGAAUCCUUGGAAGAAAGACAUCAAUCUGUGUCACUAAAACUGGCCAAUUUUUUCAAUUCAUAUGCAAGAAGAUAG